UGACAUCUUCCAGGGGAUCCGAUUUACACCGGAAUCCUGGUCUCCCUGUCCUGCGCGCAGUUGUUAUUAAUCGCCUAAUCCCUCUUUUCGGGUCAACCUCUUCUGUCACACUCUUUUAUCUCCUUCCCUACCUGAGAACUAUCCUGCCAGGUUAUCGAUAGUUACCUCGUCUGCACAACCCGUCGCAACCUGCCUCUAGUCUGUAAUCACCAUAUGAUACACUGAUUUAUCCCACUUGUCUUUUUUUCUAAUAUUUAUUACCUAUUUUCGAAACUUAUCCCCUUGCUGCUUGGCGUCGGUAUCUUUGGUAUUACCCCGUCCGGCCCGUGACCUCACGAUGGCCUUCCAAACCAAUGGUGCAGCUCCUGCUGUCAAUGGCCACUCUACGGAUUCCAGCACGUCUGUGGACGUCAUCUGCGGUCCCCUAAUCAACUUCAAGAAUAUGGAUGUCACUGCUUCCUCCUCCGUAUGGCGAGGAAGUAUUCUGAUUGUGACUAAGUCUGGGCAGAGCCAGCCUCAGCUGGUCAUGCGCCAAGCAGGCCCGGUUGAUAGCAGCGGCCGAGCUUCUCGUACUCAACCCAACUCCCAACGUUUUGUGGCUGAUGGACUUCGUCUAUAUGAAGAUCCCGAGAAGGCAUUCUGGAGAUUUUCAAUCGCCAUCGCCUUAGAAGAGUACGAAGCACGCUGGGAAUACACCAUUCCGGGGUUCCAGUACGCAAAUGGCGAAGAGCUUCCUCCGCCUUGGGACUUUGUAGUGCCAUCGGUUCACCAGUCGAUGCGUCUGAUGUUCCAUUCUUGCAAUGGCUUUUCCGUCGGCACUGAUAUGAACGCUUGGGUUGGCCCCAAUUUGUGGAACGACGUCAUGCGUGUGCACGGCCAGAAGCCCUUCCAUGCCAUGAUUGGUGGUGGUGACCAGUUGUACUGCGAUGGAAUCCGCGUUGAUGGACCCCUGAAGGCGUGGACGGCCAUUGGAAACCCUCACAAGAGACGGGCGCAUCCCUUUGACAACGACUUGCGAGCCCGGUGCGAUGAAUACUACUAUGCAAACUAUGUCCGAUGGUAUUCCAUCGAGCCAUUCAAAGCAGCAAAUGGCCGGAUCCCACAGAUCAAUAUUUGGGAUGACCAUGACAUUAUUGACGGCUUCGGUUCGUACACAGAUCAUUUCAUGCGCUGCUCCGUGUUUCGUGGGAUUGGCGGCGUGGCGUUCAAGUAUUACUGCUUGUUCCAGCAUCACAUCGCGCCGCCCAAAUCGACGUACACCACAGACGCUCCGCAAACAAUGCAUGCCGUUAACGGAACUGCUGGUGCCGAUCCUAGACAGAUGGAGAACACCUACGUUCUAGAAGGUCAGUCGGAAGACGAUAGUUGGAUUGUUGGUAAUCGCCCCGGUCCCUACGUCGAAGAGAAGAGUCGAAACCUCUACAUGCGCCUCGGCAAGCGGUUUGCGUUCAUUGGCGUCGAUGCGCGGACGGAGCGCACGCGGCACCAGGUGAAUUACCCAGACACAUAUGAUCUCAUUUUCUCCCGCCUUGAAGCUGAAGUCUUAGCGGCCGAGGGGGACAUAAAACACUUGAUUGUGCUACUGGGAGUUCCAAUCGCAUACCCCCGACUCGCAUGGUUGGAAAAUAUCCUGAGCUCUCCUCUGAUCGCGCCAAUUCGCUUAUUGAAUAAGCGGUUUGGCUUUGCAGGUGGUUUGUUUAAUCAGUUUGACGGCCAAGUCGACCUUUUGGAUGACUUGGAUGAUCACUACACUGCGCGUCAACACAAGAAGGAGCGAAGGAUUUUCAUUCAACGUCUACAGGACUUUGCUAAGGCUUAUUCCAUUCGUGUCACGAUUCUGGGCGGAGAUGUGCAUCUGGCAGCCAUCGGUCGGUUCUACUCCAACCCAGCCCUCAACCUUCACAGCGAACUCGAUCCACGGUAUAUGAUCAAUGUUGUUAGCAGUGCGAUCACGAACAAACCUCCUCCCAAGGCCGUGGCCAAUCUCUUGGCACGUAGAAACAAGCUUCAUCAUCUGGAUCCCCACACGGAUGAGACAUUGAUGGACAUAUUUGAUCGACAGCCUGGUGGGCAGGAGAAGAGCGCCGCGUGGAAUAAGGUCACGAUGCCUUCGCGGAACUUCGCCUGCAUCACUGAGAUCGAACCCCUCUACACUAAUGGAAACACUUCAGUGGCUCCGAACGAGCAGGCCUCUUCGUUUCCUUUGGCCAAAGAUGGUCACUCGCCUCUUCACCAGGGUGAAGCUGACGCAGGCUCUAGUCAUCCCGCGGCAGACGGGUAUACUAGUAGCGGCAGCAUGCCCGGAGGAUUGGACAUUACGAUUCGAGUCGAGAUUGACCCACAGAACAGAGAAGGGGCUACCGAUGGUUACGGCUUCAGCAUUCCCGCGUUGGCCUACGACCCUUCGAAAGACGUCUCUCGUCCCACUUCUCGCGCUCGCUCAUUGCGACCUCAAUCCCUCCGUCCCCCUUCACGGCAGUCUGCGCGGCCUCAAACCGCCAAUUGAUCGCUGAUGUGCCCUUUGCGUGAAUCAUGCGAGAUACUUGGAAUACUUUGGCCCGUUCCCCUUCCUGUGCUUUUUACCCAUCAUGGUAGGCCUACCUUAUAGCUGAGUGUUGAUGUAGGAUAGUUGUUGCUCCGCUUCGUCUGGUUCUCUUUCUUGAUUCCCCGGUGUAUUCAUUUUAAUCACUACCUUUCUACGUUCGAAUACCAAAUUUUUGAAUAUUCAUGAUGACAGUCUUUCAUCUUUCAUGUUCAUUCACUUUACAGUUUGAGGUCAUUGAUUC